AUGGAUUAACAAGAUUACCACAAAAUUGAUCCAACCAUUGUAGAAGACCCAAUGUUGGAUGAUGGAUAUACUAGAAAAUUUGGUGCCUAUAAACCUAAAUUCCAUGGAACUACACCAGGUUAUUACCCAUUUGAAUGCAUUGACUACUUUUAUGUUGUAUUGAUGACACUGUUCACUUGGGGAAUGUGUUUGCCUAUUUGGUAUGGAUUGAUUGAGGCUGCUAAGGGAAAUUCAAAAUAAUACGCAAUUGUUUGUGCAGUGGUGUUUGUGGGAUUCUAUGUUAUAUAGGCCUUGGCUACAUACUACGGAGGCAGAAUGAAGAAAGUGAUUGAAAAUCAAAUGAUUGAGGAUAAGUUGAAGGAGAUGUAACAGAAAGAACUUGAGAAGUAAAAACUUCUAGCUGCCAUUUGAAUAUUAAUAUUAAGUUUUCACAGUAUGAUGAUCGUUA